ACAAUUUCUAUUACCGCUAGAUGGCGAUUGAGUAGACGUCAGAGUGACGUUGUGUUUGGAAAGUUUUUUAUAUUGUGGAAAAAAAUAAUGCAAUAGAAAAGUUUUGCUUUAUUUUGAGGAGAAAUAAUUGGUAUUGAAACCCCAAAACGUACUCUAAGGGCAAAAGAGUACCCCCACAAUGGCGAGUACAUCGAGGUGUGACAUCUCCAACAAGGUGGUGUGUCCGGAACAUCCGGAGGCGCCACUCAUUGAGGACUACCGUGCUGGUGAUAUGAUUUGCUCGGAAUGCGGGCUUGUUGUUGGUGACAGAGUGAUCGAUGUGGGUUCUGAGUGGCGUACAUUCAGUAAUGAAAAGUCAGGAGUUGAUCCCAGUCGAGUGGGAGGUCCGGAGAAUCCACUGCUAAGUGGUGGAGACCUGUCAACGAUGAUUGGACCCGGAACAGGUCCGGCCUCAUUUGAUGCAUUUGGUGCCUCAAAAUAUCAAAAUCGUCGCACAAUGAGUAGCUCAGAUCGUGCCUUGAUUGCUGCCUUCAAGGAGAUCUCCACAAUGGCUGAUCGAAUAAAUCUGCCCAAAACAAUUGUCGACCGGGCUAAUAAUCUAUUCAAGCAGGUACACGACGGGAAGAACCUCAAGGGACGCUCAAAUGACGCCAAAGCGUCAGCAUGCCUGUACAUUGCGUGCCGACAGGAGGGUGUUCCGCGUACAUUCAAGGAGAUUUGUGCCGUGAGUAAGAUCAGCAAGAAGGAGAUUGGCAGAUGCUUUAAGCUCACACUGAAAGCCUUGGCAACGUCUGUGGAUCUCAUAACCACAGCUGAUUUCAUGUCGCGCUUCUGCUCGAAUCUCGAUCUGCCUAAUAUGGUACAGCGCGCCGCGACGCAUAUUGCCCGAAAAGCCGUCGAAAUGGACAUUGUACCCGGAAGAUCGCCCAUCUCCGUGGCAGCGGCGGCCAUCUAUAUGGCAUCACAGGCGUCUGAGCACAAGAAGAGCCAAAAGGAAAUUGGAGAUAUUGCUGGUGUGGCUGAUGUCACCAUCAGACAAUCCUAUAAGCUCAUGUACCCACAUGCCGUGAAGCUAUUCCCUGAGGAUUUCCGCUUCACAACACCCAUCGACCAAUUGCCGCAGAUGUAGAGAGAAGGCGCGGAGCGAUACGCAUCCCGGCAAGUUCUUGUACAAUUUAUUUACAAAUUGCAAUAUCCGCCAGAAUCGUCUACUCUAUUCCCUCAGAAAAAAAAAUUUCCUCCCCUUUUUUUGAUAAAAUUCGCGAUAAAUGUUAUUUUUUUGCAACUUCUGAUAGCAUUUAUGUGGAACGAUUCGAUUGAAUGUGCUCUAAUUGAUUGAAUUUAUGUUUUGAUGCAGUUUUUCUCUGCAAUUCUUUUUAUUGGAGGGCUACUUAGGGGUAUUCACGCAAAGCUUUUGUAAAGUCUCGUAAAGGGCAGGAAUUUGAAUAACGAAAAAAAAACACUUUAAUUUACUUUUAGCCUUGGAUUUAUUGAAUUUUAAAAAGCCUAGAAUUGCGAACUUAUAUGGAAAUUUAGGACAAAAGUCAGAAAGUCCUUUUUGGAAUAACUUAAUUCGUCAUUUUAUGAAGGAAAAUCCGGUUAAAGGAAUUCACUGGAAAUGUUCAAACAACGAAAACUAAAAAUAGAAAAGUUAGAUUGAGUUUUGCUAUUAGGAUCAAAUCCUACAUAGAAUUGGUAAGAAAAUAAUCCAAAAGUUUCCAUAAACUUUUCCUAAUGUGGUGAAAAAGAAGAAUAAAAAAAAACUUUAAAAAUAAAAGAAAUCUACUUAAAAAUUAGCUUCUAAGGAUGUUCUUUGUCACAGUAUUUGAUUGGAUUCGGUUGAAUUUCAAAAGGAUUAAAAUUUUAAGUUUUAUGACUACUUAACACUCACUCAUACAUUACAGAUAAUUAUUUUAUUGAUUUUCUUAAGUUGAAGAAAUAUUAAAAAAAAGAUCUUAAUAACAGAAGAUAUCUCAAAAAGAACUUCUGGAAAUUUUCAAAGUAAUUCAACUUAAACUUGUUGUGCAACAUCAAGAAAACUUCUAUUCAGAAAGGAAAAUGUGUAAAAAUCAUUUAAAAUUAAUUAAGAAAUUAAUUAUUUUUCAACAAUAAGAGCUUUACGUUGAUUUUUAACAACUCUUCCACAUUAUUUUGCAACUCUUUUAUUAAAAUUCAAAUUAAAAUAUUGCAAAAUACUGUGUACCAGACUUUAGUAAAGUUGUUUAAUGUUUUAUUUAAAUGAAAUAAAUAAUAUUCAAUUGAAUACAAAUUAUUUGUUUGGCAAGCUGAAUUAUUUACUGGCCAAAUGAAUAAUUUGUACUGACAGAAAUAUUUCUAUUUUUACUUGAGAUUUAUACAUUACGCAAAAUUUCAAUGAAUUCCCCUAUUUAUACAAGAAGAAAAAAAAAUUCAAAGAAAAUAUGAAAAAUAGAAUUAAAAAAAAAACAAUUCCUUGUUUUUAAAUAAAAUAAAACACAAAAAAAACUGCUUGAUAAAACAAUUCAACAAUGUUUUGUGGUUUAUUUUGAGGCCACAGUGUGUGUACAACCUUCAGUCGAGGGGGAAAAACAAGUGAAAGCAAAUUGAUAUUGUCUUAAAGAAUUUUAUUUAUUCUUUCGUCUAUAAAUGGGAAUUAAUUAUAUUCUUUUUUUUAUUCUCUCGUGUUUUUUUUUUGUAUUAUUUCUUUGGCCUCAAAAGUUACUUCAAAACCUUCUUAUUUUCUUUAUUUAAAUUUUCUUUUGAUACUCCUUCAUUGGAUUCCAAAUCGCAAUCCGACGAUAUAAAUGCUAUUCAGUGAUUAGAAGAUAUGAGAGACAUCCUUUUUUAUACAUCUAAAAAUUUCCUGUUUUUUUUUCUUAAAAAAAAAAGUUUAAAAAAAUGAUAAAAAUUGUGCGCGUGUGUGUGUAAAUGAGGCCUUAAGUCUUGUUAAAUCCUUUUCUUUUUUUUUCUUUUUCCUUCUUAUUUAAGAAGGAUAAUAAAUUCAGAGCAAAAUUAAUCGUAUACGUUCGUGUUGUAGGUUUAAAAUUAAAAAAAGUGAAGAAGAAAAAAAUCAUGAAUUUCUCUUGGAUAAAAAAAAAAACAAAAAUGCAAAAUUUCGGUGUUUAGGAUUACAUUAUUAUAUAGAUAUUUUAAUAAGUGAUUUUUUCUUCUGUGAGCAAAAAUUAGAAGCUCUAUUUUUCCACUUUUUUUUCUCUGAGAGUGUUUUUUUGUUUAUUUUAAUUUUAUACAGACAUCAUGAAAAAAGCUCUGAUGUGAGUGAGAGGGAAUGUUCGUUUUUUUAUAUAUUGAUAAGAAAAAACAACCUCCUCUCCCUUUCUACAUACUAAAGCAUUCUCCCACUCACCAUUCAGAGUUGAGACACUCUGAUGAACUUUUUUUUUCUUUCUAUAUAGGACUAAGGAUAAAGUUUAAUAAAUAUAUAUUAUCUAUAUAAUAUUCUAAAGGAAAGAAAAAAAAAUCUGUGACAUUGUUCAAAAUGAGGAUAUAAUCACUGAAUAAACAAAAUGGAAUAUACAAGAAA